CGUCAUCAUUUAUGACGUAGAGGAAAAAGUAAUGUUUACGAUGUGAGAUAUGAGGCGUACAUAUUUGUUCAUUUUAACCAUUUUCCUUUGUGUUUGUUGGAUCUUGGCAUAUGAUAACGAUUACAAUGACUACGAUACUGGUCUCUUAGAUGAAAUAAGAUCAGAGGAGAAGAGAAACUUCAACGAACAAAAACAUGGAGAGGUCGAUGAGCCUUUCAAAAAUUUGUUGUCCGAGCUCGAAGACGACAUCGGAGAGUUGUCCGACUUAAACAAAAGAAACAACGGCGGUUCUUCCGGAAAAUCGCCGCCUCAGCAGAAACCAGUCACCACCACAAAGGCGACUCAGACCAAUAGCACAGCCACCUUAAAACCCACCUCACCGAGUACUGUAACGUCAACCGCUACUGCAGGUAGUGUAACGACAACCAAGGCGCCGGUGAAAGCAAAUCCCCAAACCACGGAAAAGAAACCAAAUAAUGAUAGUCGCGAAAGCAACGCCAAAACAAAGAAACCCCCAAAAGGCAACGCUGUUCAUAACAACCGCAAAAAAUCAAAUCCACAAGGGGGCUCAAAGAGUAAGGAAAGUAAAGGAAAGGGCAAGAAAAACCUUCGUGGGAGAAAGAAAAUGAAGAAUAGAUAUAGAACAGAUAAAAAUAAAAUGCUUGCUCAGGCAUCAUGUGGCAAGGCUAAAAAAUACCCAACCUGCAUCCAAAUAUAUCGAAAAUGUAUGCAUGAAAAAAAGAAACAGAGAAUUCGUUGUAAGCAGAGAAAGGGGAAUAAUAGUCGAGGUCGUUUGGGGAAGUAUUCAAAUCUAAAGGGGAGAAAACUGCUUUUAGCGAGACAUGGUCUACAACAGAAUAGAAAAGGGGAGCAGCAGCCAACAAACAAAAAGAACAGCAUACAUGACAAGAAACAGUGGAAGAAUAAAGGUAACGAUGGGAAAAAAGAAAGUGAAAGAAAAAGUCCACAUAGUAACUUGCCCAAGAAUUCGCCAAGAAAGCAGGAAGGAGCCGGAAAUGGAAAAGGAAACAAUCAGAGUCAUAAAGGAAAAAGUAGUCCAUCUGGGAGUACAACAAAACCGUUAGCGAAGGACCGGAGAGGAAAAAUAAACAACGAUAGUAACAAUGUAUUAAAGGAAAAGAAAACACUGGAAAAUCAAAAGAAAAUGGUAAAUGGAGAGAUCAAGGGACUGCUGAAAUAUCUCAGAAGGGUCAAAGGUCAUUUGUAUCAUAUCGACAAAAAUGACGGCAAACGAAAAGAAAGAGAGGCAAAAGAAAAGUCAGAUUCAAACCGAUAGGUGUUUGUUUU